AUGACUGAAGAAUUUGAUCGUUUACGAGCUCAGGGUAAUGAGAAGUUUCGUAAUGGUAAUUAUGGUGGCUCUCUAGUUUGUUAUACGCGAUGCAUUGAUCUUGUUCCUACUUCAUAUGCUCUUUAUUGCAAUAGGGCAGCGGCAUUGAUCAAGGUUGACUCCAUCAAGGAGGCAGAAGAGGAUUUGAAAAAAUCACUAGAGAUUAAUUCAGAUUAUGUACCUAGCUACUGCCAGUUGGGCUUUUUGAUGUUAUAUGAGGGCAAUACAGUUGCGUCUCUUGAGAACUACGUCAAGGCUGUGAAGAUCUCUUCUAAGCGACCUCAUCAGCUCGAAAGGUUUAAGAGCCAAUUGAAAGAGGCCAUUAGAUUAGCUGAGGGUCGUGCAAGGCAGCAGGGUUACUCUCAAAACUAUAUAGAUAGCAUUAUUACCGAUGAUGUUCGGAUUUGUCUUGACAGUUACCAUUCAUUGAGGUCUCAUGCCUCAAAUCAGCCUACCGUGGCCACAGGUAGCGUUUCUGAGAGCAUAGAUCGCAAUGAAGGACCUCGUUUUCCUGGAGGUAUCAGUAUGGCUUCCAGUGUUCCAUUUCUAGCGCAGUUGAUCAAUCGAACCGGUAAUACUGGAGGAGUGCCUACCACCGAAGAAGCUGAAGGAGCCACUGGGACCGCUGGGACCGCUGGAACCGCUGACACUGCCACGGCAUCUCCAAAUUCUACACAUGUGCAGGGGCCAAAUGGAUUCAGUGCUUCGUUUAAUAUGGCUCCGAAUCAGACGAAUGGAUUAAUGGAUUUCAUUAGUCAAAUAUCGGGCCAAGCAAAUAUUCCGGAGGCUGUGGGUACAGAGAGAGAAGGUGAGCCUAUCAUUCCUACUGCUUUACAGAAUACCGGUACCACCUCUACGUCCACUUCGUCCUCUGCUCAGCAGAGUAACGUUCACAUGGCCGCUCAUAACGCUGCCCAAGGAUUUAUGAAUCGUAGGGUCCAAGCUGGACAGCCACUCAACGGUGCAGACUUCGCUAGAGGACUUGCGACGACAAUCGCAUCUCAGCUAAGGGGACUUGCACAGGUUGCUGUGUCUGCCCUUCGCUCUUCCUCUGAUCCCUCUAAUGACGAUCCUGGUCGCGGCAUGGAGGACUUGGAUUAG